UAUCUUCUUAAAACGCUGCGUUUUCUUAGCUGAUAGAUAAAGCAACUCUUUUUUGCCGGCGAGUGAGUGAGAGAGAAGAGAGAGAAAGAGAGUAAUGGAAGGUGUAGGAUCGAGAUUGAGCAGGACGUCGUCGAGAUACAGUGGUCCGUCGGCGACGGCGGUGUUUAGUGGCCGUGUAAGGAAGUGGAAGAAGAAGUGGGUGCGUGUGUCAACCUCAUCCGUCGGCGUUUUCAGAGCAUCUAAAUCCAACGGUCGUAACAACAGCAGUAACAGUAACUCACCUCACCAUCUACUUCUCCAUAAGUGGACUCCACUUACCUCCUCGACGGUUACUGCCUCCGACGCUAAUGGUUCCGGUGGUGAUACUGAGGAGCCACCUAAGCGAAGAUUCCGAUACGCUCCUAUUGCGAUGCUUGAGCAUAGAGAAAAAGUGGUUUCUAAGGAUUCUGAAAUUGAAGAGACUGAAGAAUUCGACACUGAAUCACCAUUGCCUAAAGCUGUUGAGCUUGACAUGAACAUAACAGACUCAGACCAAGCUAAGGAAGCAAAAACUGGGAACUUGAAUCUAGGACUGUGUCUGAAUUCUGAAGGGACUGAAGAGUGAAGAGGAUCAUAUUGGGUUAGCAUGAAGCAACAAUAAGGGUUUCAGCGUUUGGUAUUGUUGUAGCUUAUGAUGAAUGAUGUCUCAUAUUGUAACUUGUUUUAGGUGUUUAUGCACUUUGUUGUCUUCUAGAUAUCCUGUAUGUAGUGUGUAUGCUAGAAGAAGCUUAUAAGAUAUGUAAGAUUUGAGACUUUUUACCAAGACUAAAGAGCCUGGCUCCAUCAGAUUUUA